UUAGUUCGGUGUUGUUUGUGUGUGUAGUUAGGUGAUAGGUGAAGUUUAGUUCAGUAUUGUUUGUGUGUGUAGUUAACUGAUGGUGUUGAUGGAUUGAGUUCAGUUCAGUGAUGUUUACAGUAUGUGUGUAGUUGGUUGUGUUUGAUGGGUGGAGUUUAGUUAAGUGGUGUUUGUGUGUGUAUAGGUGAUGGGUGGAGUAUAGUUCGGUGAUGUUUGUGUGUAGUUAGGUGAUAGGUGAAGUUUAGUUCAGUAUUGUUUGUGUGUGUAGUUAACUGAUGGUGUUGAUGGAUUGAGUUCAGUUCAGUGAUGUUUACAGUAUGUGUGUAGUUGGUUGUGUUUGAUGGGUGGAGUUUAGUUAAGUGGUGUUUGUGUGUGUAUAGGUGAUGGGUGGAGUAUAGUUCGGUGAUGUUUGUGUGUAGUUAGGUGAUAGGUGAAGUUUAGUUCAGUAUUGUUUGUGUGUGUAGUUAACUGAUGGUGUUGAUGGGUGGAGUAUAGUUCAGUGAUGUUUACAGUAUGUGUGUAGUUGGUUGUGUUUGAUGGGUGGAGUUUAGUUCAGUGAUGUUUGUGUGUAUAGGUGAUGGGUGGAGUUUAGUUCAGUGAUGUUUGUGUGUAUAGGUGAUGGGUGGAGUUUAGUUCGGUGUGUCAGACUGAAGCAGCAGCAGCUCGCGGAGCUUCAUUCGGAUUCAGCGCUGAAAGUCGCUUUGACCGUCGCGGACUUUCUCAGAAGAGUUUCUGUGUUUCCAGCGCUUGUGUUUCACUCUGAGUUCGGCAGCUAGAGGACUAGUUUAGCGAUGUCCUGCUCUCGCGCUCAGCGGUAAGUUUGAGUGAUGAUGUGAACGCGAUUAAUAGCGGAGGAUCGAGGAUCGAGCUGCGGGAGGAUGAAUGUAUUUCUCCGGCUCGGAUUCUCAUUUCUGCUGCUCUUCUGCGCGCCUGUUUCUGCUCCAGGUCCAGAAUGUGGAUCUGGAUGUCAUCACGGGUUCUGUGAGCAGUCUGGAGAAUGCAGGUGCACAGCAGGUUGGCGAGGCGCAGCGUGCGAUCAGUGCGUUCCUUCACCCGACUGUGUUCACGGAACGUGUGAAGAACCGGGGCAGUGCGUCUGUGAGCGCGGCUGGACGGGAGCGCGCUGUGAUCGAGAGGUUCGCCAGUGUUCAUCAAAGCCCUGCUCAGGAAACUCUACCUGUGUGGAGAGGGGAGCAGGAGGAGGAGGAGGACAUGUCUGCCUUUGUUCUCCUGGAUACACAGGGGAAAACUGCCAGCUGAAGACAGGGCCGUGUUCAGUAAACGGCUCUCGCUGCCAGAACGGAGGAACCUGCGUGAACACGAGUGGCUCUGACAGCCGUUCCUGCCUCUGUCCACCUGGAUUCACCGGCGCCUUCUGUGAGAUCAAGCCUGACGUCUGCGAGCCCAAUCCGUGCGUGAACGGAGGCACCUGCUUCGACAACACGCACGGCGGGAUCCGCUGCACCUGUCCGCCCAGAUUCACCGGCCCGUCCUGCGAACUCCAUAUCGGCAAGCUCAAGCCCAAACCCCGCGUGAAAGCGGCAGGUCCGGGUCACUACGCCGUACCGGCCCACGCUUUCCACAAGCUGCUGCGUCCGCCCGAGCGAGAGCCGCUCCAGCCGUCCGGUCCGCUGGUCACCCGCAGCCAGAUCAUCUGCUUCGCCGUUCUGGGUCUCCUCACCUGUCUGGUGGUCCUGGUCACGACGGGCAUCAUCUUUUUUAACCGCUGUGAGACGUGGAUGGCGAACGCAAAGUACAGCCAGCUGGUGCGGCAGCAGAGGGAUUUCCUCCUGAGAGCGUCCGACCGCGAGGAGCAUUCGGUCAACAUCAUCCUGCCGGAGAAAAUCAAGCUGAGCAACUACGGGAGGCAUUACACGUCCAUAUGAGGCUGAUCCGUGACGGACGCAUGCUGUGCGUCUGGAUGACGGAAACCCAGACGAGAGGUUUGUUGCUCUCAUGUGAAGAAGAGAAGAUCAAAAACAGCUGCGGGAUUUCAUGGUUGAUAUCGUUGGAAUACAUGCAUAUAUUAAGAUGUACAGCGAACAACACUCUUGGCUCUCUCUCAUUCGGAAGGCCGGAGAAGUAAAUGGUUUUCGAUAAUCUCUAGUUACCAUCAGUGCGUGAGGUCAGUGAUUGUGAUAUUAAAACGGCACAAGCGGAUAAACGGAUGAACCACGGCUCGACUCGAGCGCUGCAGAAGAGCCGGCCGUUACCUUCAUGUUUUCAUCACUUGAGCAUUCUGUAAACGUUCAUUACCGUGCACUUAUUUACAUGUAAACAAAUGAUUAAUGUAGCACUAAAUAAACCAUUGUUUUCAA